ACCACACUUUCGCCGGUAAAUUAUGAAAAAUUCCUCUCACUUUUGGCCGAUGAACUUCUUUUGCGUUUGGAACGCUUUGUCCAACAAAAGUGCUACAAUAGGUACGGUGCUUUGCAAUUCGAUAAGGAGCUUAGGUGUAUAUUCAACUUCUUUUGUUCCCUCUCUACCUUCCCAUUUCGAGAAAAAUUCGCGCGGAUCCUGCAAAUCAGCAAGUUAUUGAACCUUGAGAAGUACCUAAACCAUGUGAUCGGAUUCGUCUAUUCUCUAAUGGAUUGGUUGUGGUUGAGCGGUUUUCACUCUCUAAUAAGAGUCCAUGUCAAUCCACCCACUGAAAAUGGUCGAGGAAGUGAGCUACUAUGGCGAUACCUCCAACUGGCGGCUCUCGGCCAACGAAAUCCGCCGACUUCUGACGCUAAGCGCACUAGCAAAAUUAAUGACUGCCAAGUGUUGGCUGGCUUUGGAGCUAAUAUUCUGCCUCUUGUUGCAACUUUCAGGGUGGACUUCACUGCUGAAGAGAUCAGACGAUUGCAUCUGUGA